AUGGCGCCGCCCGCUCUUCCACUUCAUCGUCAUCAAUCGUCUCUAGAGGGUAUCAUAGACUUCUCAUCGCGGGAGCCCUUGUCCGAGUCUCAUCGCGCCUCAGCUAUUCGUCGGUUUUAUCAAGUCAUCAAUUAUUUUGAUGGUAAUGACACUAAACGAGGUCAAAACCAAUACGAUAGAGUGAAGCUUGUACUCUUCACUUACGAAUAUUCCACCAAUCAACUGUCCAAAGAUAAUGUUUUGAUCGCUGUUUUUGAGUUUUUGAAACUAUCAAUUUCAGCUGAAGAGGAUAUCGACUUUGAAGAUGCCACGUACCAAAGCGAGUUGAAGAACCACUUGUAUGAAUUUGCCGACUACCUGAUCGACAACUUCUUUCUCCCGCGUAUGGCCCCACAAGUCAAAGCAUCAACCAAAAAGACACCACAACCUACGCCAGCAUCUCACUCAGCUGUUAUGAAAACUCAACGCCAGGACCAUGUCUUUUCUGGGACGCCAGAGCGCCUAGCCAGUCUGAGAGGUGCCUGCCUCAUACGUGACCGGUAUCGCUGUGUUAUUUCACGCAAGUUCGGCAGGGCUGAAGCCAAGGUUCCGAUCAACUACACCGAAACCCACCGGUUGAUCGAUUGGUGUAUUACUCAUACACUUACAUCAAUCAACCUGAACCCUCGACGUGAUCAACUACCCUACAUCGGCGACCCUGGUUGA